AUGUCUUCCAUCCCCCAGCCUGGCCCGGAGGCCUUGAUCACCGUCAAGGUGACUUACGAGAACACUCUUCGUCGGGUCAAGAUGCCGCUGCGUGACAUGGUGCCGCACACGCUUGAAGAUAACAUUCGACUCUUCCUUCGCAUUUCGCCAGAGGACCAGAUCAUCAUCGAGCGCUACUCCGAUUCAGCCGGCUCCUUUGUCGUUCUCGACCCUAUCAACGUGCCGAUUUACAAGCAGCUCUACAGAGCGGCCAAAGCCAAGUCGAAGCUGAAACUGCGUGUGUCUACUCUCCAGACGCAGCCAAAGACUACGCCAAAGCCCGCCACGGUGGAAGACGAGCCGGAAGAGUCCGUAGCAGAGACCUACGAGACCACUGAUAAGACUACACCUUUCGAAAGCGACGAGUCCGCUUCGACAAACGAACCUGCGACGGACAUGUCAAUGCCGUUUGAAGCGCCCUCAUCGUCAGCCACCCUGCUCUCGGGCAUUGACUUGCCUCUGCGAACCGCUUCAUCUACCCAGCUCGACACCGCUGAGACGGCCAGGGCUGAGGAGGAGACCGAGGCUCCCGUCGCUCAGAAGCUAUCGGCCGUCUUCACAGCGCCUCCCAUGGACUCUGCUCCGCUCCAUCCCGUCAUCACUGCCGCUCCAUUUGCCGUCUGCUGUAAUAACUGUGAGAAGACGGUUUCGGACGUGCACUACCACUGCCAGACGUGCGAUGACGGCGACUUUGAUCUCUGCCAAAACUGCGUUGACGAGGGAGUCAGCUGCUAUGAUGACAACCACUGGCUCAUCAAGCGAACAAUGAUCGACGGCCAGCUCAUUGCCAGCCUCACCGAGAAGAUUGAGCCCAAGUCCCAGCUCAAGAAGCACAUCGAGGGUCUCUACAAGGCGGCCUCCGUUCUUCCCUCAAUUGAAACUCCUGAGAAGGAGGAAACUGAGGCGCUCAAAGCUGCUCGCCUCGACAAGGCUCCGGCCUUUUUCACUGCUCAGCCGACUCCUGAGGAGCGAAACACAGCUCCCGCCAACGCCUUCACUCCCCACACCGUUCCAUUUGUCGGCGGUGCCAUCACCAGGUGGUCCAGCCUGAGCAACAUGCGAACGUGCAACUGCUGCGUUCAAGAACUUCCCGAAGCCGAGUUCCUCCACUGCACAACUUGCGAGGACUAUGAUCUCUGCCAUGCAUGCUUCGGCAAGGAUGCCCAUGGCCACCACCCCAAGCACUCCUUCGCCCCUGCGGUCACGGGCAGCCGUAUCCCAGACCACAUCGCCAUCAAGAUGAAGGCUGGCCGCAACCAGGCACACAACGCCAUCUGCGACGGCUGUGACAAAUACAUCACUGGUGUCCGCCACAAGUGCCUGGACUGCCCUGACUGGGACUACUGCGACACCUGCGUUCUCAGCGCAGCCGUCACCCACAUGAGCCAUCGGUUCGUGCCCAUCUACGAGCCUCUUGCGGAUGCGGCAGCGGUUGCUCAGCCAGUGCACAUGGGCAUCUGCUGCGAUGGGCCCCUGUGCUCCAAGAACCAGGGCUAUCCCACCUACAUCAGAGGCGUGCGCUACAAGUGCGCAGUCUGCCACGACCUCGACUUCUGCGCAAGCUGCGAGGCCAACCCCGCCAAUGAGCACAACAAGACGCAUCCUCUCAUCAAGUUCAAGACGCCCGUUCGCCAUGUGAGCGUCACUACCACUGGGGAGCAUCAGGAUGGCAAGCGCAUGCCUCCCAUGGGCGACCGUGCCAGGAACGUCCCCAAGGCUUCGGAGACGUCGACUUUGAGCGACAGCAACACCAUCAACCGCGUACAGACGGUCGUUGACGUGAAGCCCGAAGAGCCCAAGGUGGAGGAAGCCCAGGUUGCCGAUGUCGCAGCACCAGUCGACGAGAAUGACCUCCGGGCCGUCUUCCUUCGCGACUCGGUGACUGACGGCACAAUCAUGCCUCCCAACCACGUCUUUGAGCAGACGUGGGUGCUUCGCAACGAGGGCACCACCACUUGGCCUGCUGGGUGCUCCGUCAAGUUUGUUGGCGGCGACUACAUGGGCCACGUCGACUCUGCCCACCCUGCCGGCAUCUCGGAGCUUGUCUCGGCAUCGGAGUCGACGGUGUGCUACGCCCCGCUUGCCCCCGGCAACGAGUUCCCCUUCACCGUGCUGCUCCGCACGCCUGCCCGCGCCGGGCAGAUCAUUUCCUACUGGCGCUUGACUACGCCUAGCGGAUUCAAGUUCGGCCACCGUCUCUGGUGCGAUGUCAGCGUGCGAAUGCCCCCCGCUGAGGCCCCGGCCGCCCCCGCCGUUGAGGAACCCAAGAAGGAGGAGGACACCCAGACCGACAGUGUCAUGAUUUUCCCCAAGCUUGACAAGGAGUCACCCCAGGCUAGCAUGCACGAAGAGCACCAGGCCGAGUCUGUUGCUGGAACCGCCGCAGAGACUGAUGCUUUGACUGCUAGUGGCGAGGAGUACGAGUGGGACGGCUCUGAUGACGGCUUCCUGACGGAUGAAGAGUACGACAUCCUGGAUGCCUCUGACGAGGAGUACCUCACGGACCGCGAUAGCAAGAGGCUGAGGAAGUAG